AUGGACACAAUUGGUAGCAUCCUUGAAAUGUGUCUCAUUGUUGACUUCUUCCAAGGAGGGAUACCUGGUGUCGGUGGAUUUAUCAAGAUAGAUAAUCUACCAGCUACCAUCACAAUAAAAGAAGACACCCCCGCAGGAGUUGCUAUCUUUAAUUUUUCAGUCAUUACAACAAGUACAGAUGUUACAUUAACUCCUCAAAUAGCAAAUACCAAUCCAGUCAACAACAUUUUCGCUAUCUCUGUUACAAGUGGCAUGGAGUUGGAGGUGACGGUCUCAGACAACCUUGGCCUGGACUAUGAAACUCAAUCCAAUUACCUCCUGCUAAUCCAUGUCACAGAUAAUAGGGGAUACUCGGAUUUUGAAACACUUACGGUUUUGUUAAGUGAUGUUAAUGAACCCCCGAGAUUCCUGGAUAACCUUGCAAAUGGAGCUGUAUAUGUUGACUUUCUGGAGAAUUUAGCGGUUGGGGCAAUUAUAUACGAAGUUCAGGCAAUUGAUCCCGACAGGAAUGACAAUAUUCUUUCUUACUCUGUGAAUUCCUCUUUGGUCACAAUUCAUCCCAGUGGGAAAAGUGGAGCGAUUCUUGCAGCAAAACCAUUUCAUUAUGAAAAAGAUUUUCAUAGAUUCAGUGUAUUAGUAACUGUGAAGGACACAAUAGGUAACAGCAUCUCUGGGAUUGUGGUGGUUACUUUAAUUGACACAAAUGACCAUUGGCCAAUCUUGAAGCAAAAUGAAACAGUAUUUGAAAUCUCAGAAGAAACACCCCCAAAUUCAGUAAUUGGUAAAGUUACAGCCCAUGGUUCGGAUGAAGAUGGUGUUUUAAACAACUUGAUUUAUGUUAUGAGUACAACAAACCAAUACUUCACCAUUAAUUCAGUCACGGGUGAAUUGAUUGUAUCAGCAAUUAUUGACAGAGACAGUAAACCGUUCCGGAAUGUUCCAACCCAACAAUUUGAAGUUAUUGCCAGAGACAGCCUUUCUGGAGAUCAUGUGGCUUCUACGACAGUGAUUGUCAUUGUAACAGACAUCAAUGAUAACCAACCCUUCUGUUUCCCACAUACACACAGCAUCCAGAUACCAGAAACAAUUGAAAAGGGUUCAACAAUUGUCACCAUAUCCUGUGAAGAUAAUGAUGUGGAUCUUGCAAACAGCCAGUUCACUAUUUCACUUCAGCCUGCUCUCCGUGCUGCUGGGAGAUUUGCACUGGAUGAGAAGAAUAAUGAUACUAUUGUGGUUAUUGGAAACUUGGACUUUGAAGCAACCACUCCUCUCGAGGGUAACCAAGUUUACGUGAUGUCGGUAGUUGUCACAGAUAAAGCUCAUCCACAUUACCAGGAUACUGUGACUGUUUAUGUCACAGUCACUCCAGUCAAUGAAUUUAAUCCUUCUUUUGCCCAGACGUCUUACACUUUCAACAUAUCUGAAUUCAGCGAAAUAGGAGCAAAGAUUGGACAAGUGCUUGCAGAGGACAGAGAUCUUCCAGGCCUUGAACUCAUUUAUUCACUAGUAGGAGGGGGAAGCACUCUGGGCUAUAGUCAAUUAUUUUGGAUAAGCCCAGCCUCAGGGGAAAUACAUCUCGUGGCUCAACCAGACUAUGAGACAAUUGUCCAGUAUCUUCUGACAGUGCAAGCUGUUGAUAAAGACUCCAGUGAUCCAAAGGCUGCUACAGCUACUGUCACUGUAAAUAUUCUUCCGGCCAAUGAUGAACCACCUGACUGCCUUCCAAAGUUUUAUUCGAUGAUGAUUCUUGAUGACACCGCUGGGGGUACAAACAUUCAAGGGUUUCAGUUGGCCUGUACUGAUCACGAUUCCUCCCCUCAGUCCUUCCGUUACUUCAUAACUUCAGGCAAUAUCAACAACCACUUUCAACUCUCUCCCAGUGCUGGAUCAAACAUCACUAAGCUGAUACUUGCCCUUCCUUUUGACUACACACACGGUGUUGACAAAGUCACAAAUUAUAACCUUCUAAUUCAAAUAACCGAUGAUAACCUUCUGGCUGGAAGCAGAAAGAGGAAAGUUGUACAAACAGGAAGAGUAAAGAUCAACAUCAGAGUUAUUGUCCCUACACCCAGUACUCAAGAAACCACGACAACUCCCAAUAUUACCUAUAUCAGACUAUUGCAAAACACCUACCAAGCAGACUCCUGGUACAUACCACUCGUCAUCACUUUGGGUGGUUUAUUGCUGCUUGGAAUCAUGGGAUACUUAGCAUAUAUUUACAUGAAUUACAUCUGCUCUAUAUCAAAAUCAAAACUCAAGAAAAAGCCAUUGUAA